GGGAAAUAAACCAUUCCAGGAGUAUAAACACAGUGAGGAUGUAAAUCUGCAGCUUUAAUACAACUGUCUAAAAGUAUUGGAACAGUAAGCAUGAUGGAGGGGAAGAGAUCAAGCUCAUCAGAACCCAGCUGUGUGUCCAUGAAAAGUGAUCAGUCAAUAAAACGCCUUACUACUUUCAGAGACCUUUCUACUGAUCUGAGAACAAUGAAGAGAACGAUAUCAGACUCACCAGAACCCAGCUGUGUGUCCAUGAAGAGUGAGCAGUCAAUAAGACCCAUAACUACCUUCAGAGACAGAGACAGUGAUCUGAGUCCACUAAAGAAGAACCCAGACAUCAGCAGAAAUAAAGAUAACUCCAUAGUCAAGGAGCUGGAACCCAAAGUCAUCACUUCAAGUCCAGAUUACCCAGCAUGCACUGAGAGUGAGGUGGAGGCUGAGGACCUGCACAGUGUCAGAGAGGGAGGGCUGAAGAUCACACUGAAGAACAUGAACCACACGGAUCUCACUAACACACUGCAGAACCAUCUCAUCCCUGUGGAUCAACAACAGCUGAAAUCCAGGCUGAGAGAGAAGGUUAAAAGAGUUAAUGAAGGAAUCUCACAGCAUGGAAGCUCAGCUCUUCUAAGUGAGAUCUACACAGAACUCUACAUCACAGAGGGCUGGAGUGGAGACGUCUGUAAUGAACAUGAGGUGAGACAAAUGGAGACAGCGUCCAGGAGAGCAGCAACACAGGAGACGCCCAUCAAAUGUAAUGAUCUCUUUAAAGACAAGUCCAUCAGAAGUGUGCUGACUAAAGGAGUUGCUGGAAUUGGAAAAACAGUCUCUGUGCAGAAGUUCAUUCUCGACUGGGUUGAAGGAAAAGAAAAUCAGGACGUCACCUUCAUGUUUCCACUUCCCUUUACAGAGCUAAAUCUAAUGAAGGGAAAACAUCUCAGUCUAAUAAAACUUCUUCAUCACUUUGUUCCAGAAAUGGAAAAACUAGAAUUAAUAGACUGUGACUCCUCCAAAUUUCUGUUCAUCUUUGAUGGUCUGGAUGAGUGUCGCCUUCCUCUAAAUUUCCAGAAGAAUGAAAGACUAUGUGAUGUGACAGAGGCAGCCUCACUGGAUGUGCUGCUGACAAACCUCAUCAAGGGGAACCUGCUUCCCUCUGCUCUCCUCUGGAUUACCUCUCGACCAGGAGCAGCCAAACAGAUCCCUCCUGAGUGUGUAGACCAGGUAACAGAGAUACAAGGGUUCAGUGAUACUCAGAAAGAAGAGUACUUCAGGAAGAGGUUCAGUGAUCAGAGCCUGGCCAAUAAAAUCAUCUCCCACAUCAAGUCCUCAAGAAGUCUCUACAUCAUGUGCCACAUCCCAGUCUUCUGCUGGAUCUCUGCCACUGUUGUAGAGAGAAUGUUCAGUGAAGAAGAGAGUGGAGAGAUCAUCAUGACUCUGACUCAAAUGUUCACACACUUCCUGAUCUUUCAUAUCAAACAAAAGGACCAAAAGUACCAUCAGAAAUGUGACCCUGAUCCUCAGCAGAUCAGAAAGAGUAUCCUCGCACUGGGGAAACUGGCUUUCCAACAGCUGGAGAAAGGAAAUCUGAUUUUCUAUGAGAAAGACCUGAGAGAGUGUGGCAUUGAUGUCAGAGAAGCUUCAGUGUACUCAGGAGUGUGUACACAAAUCUUCAGAGAGGAGUUUGGGCUUCACCUGGGAAAGGUCUUCAGCUUUGUGCAUCUGAUGGUUCAAGAGUUUCUGGCUGCUUUAUAUGUGUUUCUCUGCUUUAUCAUUGAAAAAAGAAAUGUGUUAAUGGAGCAAAAGAUUGGAUAUUUUAAUUCCUUCAAAAAUUCAAACAUGUCUGAUUUCCUCAGAAGUGCAGUGGACAAGGCCUUACAGCGUGAGAAUGGACACCUGGACCUGUUCCUCCGCUUUCUUCUGGGUCUCUCAGUGGAGUCCAAUCAGACUCUCUUACGAGGCUUAAUGCCACAGACAGGAAGCAGCUCUCACAGCGAACAGGAAACAGUGAAGUACAUCAAGGAGAAGAUCAGGGAGAAUCCAUCUCCAGAGAAAUCCAUCAAUCUGUUCCACUGUCUGAAUGAACUGAAUGAUCAGUCUCUAGUGCAGGAAGUACAAAAGUACCUGAAGAUGGAAUAUCAGCAUCGUCUCAGUGGAGUCAGACUCUCUCCUGCUCAGUGGUCAGCUCUGGUGUUCGUGUUACUGACCUCAGAACAGGAGCUGGAUGAGUUUAAAUUGAAGAGAUAUGGCCCAUCUGAUGAGUGUCUUCUGAGGUUGCUACCAGUGGUCAGAGCUUCCAGAAAAGCAGAUCUGUGUGGGUGUCUUCUGACGGAGAAGAGCUGGAGAUCUCUGUCCUCAGUUCUCAGAUCAAACUCCUCCAGACUGAGAGAACUGGACCUGGGUCACAAUUAUCACCUGCUGGAUUCAGGAAUAAAGCUGAUCUGUGAUGGACUGGAGGAUCCACACUGUACACUGGAGACACUCAAGCUCCGAUGGUGUAGUCUUACAGAUGAGAGCUGGAGAUCUCUGUCCUCAGUCCUCAGCUUAGAGUCCUCCAGACUGAGAGAACUGGACCUAAGUAAGAAUUAUAAACUACAGGAUUCAGGAGUGAAGCUGCUCUCUGCUGGACUGGAGAAUCCACACUGUACACUGGAGAUACUGAGACUGGGUUACUGUAACCUGACAGAUGAGAGCUGUAGAGUUCUGUCCUCAGUUCUCAGCUCAAACUCCUCCAGUCUGAGAGAACUGAACCUGAGUGGCAAUAACCUGCAGGAUUCAGGAGUGAAGCUGCUCUCUGCUGGACUGGAGAAUCCACACUGUACACUGGAGAAACUGGGGCUGUGUGAGUGUAACCUGACAGAUGAGAGCUGUAGAUCUCUGUCCUCAGUUCUGAGCUCAAACUCCUCCAGACUGAGAGAACUGGACCUGAGUUUCAAUAACCUGCAGGAUUCAGGAGUGAAGCUGCUCUCUGCUGGACUGGAGAAUCCACACUGUACACUGGAGAUACUGAGGUUGUCUUGCUGCAGUAUCACAGAUAAAGGUUGUGCUGCUUUGGCUUCAGCUCUGAGUUUAAACUCCUCAUCACACCUGAGAGAGCUGGAUCUGUUUAGUAAUAUUCCAGGAGAGUCAGGAGUGAAGCUGCUCUCUGAUCUACUGAAGGAUCCACACUGUACACUGGAGACACUACUAAUGAUGGGGGUAAAGAGAUCAGAAUCCAGCUGUGUGUCCAUGGAGAGGAGCCGGUCAAUGGAACGUAUAGAAUCGUUCAAAGACAGUUCUACUGAUCCAAGAAUGAAAAACAGAUCAGACUUACCAGAACCGAGCUGUGUGUCCUUGAAGAGUCGCUCAAUGGAAGUCAUAAUUACCUUCAGAGACAGAGACAGAGACAGUUCUACAGAUCUGAGAAUGACGAAGGGAAAGAGAUCAGAAUCGCCAGAACCCAGCUGUGUGUCCAUGAAGAGUGAGCGGUCAAUGGUUCAUAAAACUAAUUUUAAAGACAGAGACAUUUUUACUGAACUGAGGUCAGUACAGCGAGGUGUUUUACAGCAGUGUUCCACCUGAUCAAACUCACUCAUCACCUUAUGAAACACAUGAACUUUAUUUUAUUUAUUUAAACUUUAUUUAUAAGAACUUUCUUCUAUAGAACUCUGUAUUUCUUCCAAUGGAAUUUUUAAAAUGUAAAGAUUAAAAAUGUUCUUCUUGGUUCUUAAGGUCACAGCAUGCCAUGUAUAUAAAUAAACUCAUAAUGUAACACAAGUCAGAAGGUCACAGUUAUCUUUUUUUUCUCACUAUAUAAUAAACAUAUAGAACUGCAUCAUGUGUUGAUUAUUAAAUAUCAAAUAGUCAUAUAAAAGAUCUUUAAAUAAUUUAAAAAACAGAACAUUCUCUGCUGUUUAUUAUAUGUAAUGCAUAUGUAACAUUUCGCUUGCACUACUCAUACAUAUUUAAUGAUAUAUUGUGUGUUGCAUGAACAGUCAUACACAACUUCCUAUUUCUUCCUAUAAUUUAAAUUGCACUGCCACGCACACUCUCACUUUAUACUCUUUGCUGCUCUGUUUAUACUCUGUUUAUUGUUCUCUUUAUUUAAUUUGUACACUGCUUGAGUGUUGUGUAUUUUCUGUGUAGUUUCUAAGAGUCACCAAAUUCCAUGUGUUAAAACCAAUAAAUCUGAUUCUGAAUAAA